AUGCGUUUUGCGACCAUCUUUCCCUUGGCCUUUUGCAGCCUCGCGCUAGCACAGGCUCUCAAGGCCAGGACGGACUUUAUUGCUGCAAUUCUUUAUUCUGGUGACGAUUAUGAGUACGACGUCAAGCAAGGCCAAUGCGUUAAUUUAAAGAGGAGCCAGCCCAACUUCGACCAGAUUGAGAUUGGACGCGGUAAGGCGUGCAGGCUUUAUCCUGACCUCCGAUGCGGGAACCCCAAGGAGUACGAAGCAGGCGAACAUGAGAUUGCCGACGUUCAGUUCAAAUCCAUCAGGUGUGACGCCGUACCGGGUGCGCCCUGGGAUGAGCCCAGGGAGUCGCUGUGA